AUGAUCAUCAUUUUGGCAUAUACCACUUUCAUUACACUCAUUUCUGGUUCCUCAAGUGAAUCACUUCCAUGUGCUUUAAAUGACGAUGUUUCAGCUGAAUUUCUCGCCUCAAAGACGGUAUACUUCAACACGAGUCUUGAUCAAAUUCCAAAAUUUGUGGAUUGGAGAACAAGAGGAGCUGUCACCUCUGUUAAACAACAAAGGGGAUGUGGGUCUUGUUGGGCGUUUGCUACUAUGGCAGCUCUAGAAGGCUUGUGGAAGAUAAGAACUGGCAACUUGAUCUCGCUUUCAGCUCAACACCUCGUAGAUUGUGACCCAGGAAGCAACGGGUGUGAGGGUGGCCAUAUUUUAAGUGCUAUUAAUUUUGAAACAGAGCAACACUCGGGCGGUGUUCCAAGUGAUUUUGACUAUCCAUAUAAAGGAGUUCAGGAACAAUGCCGCAAUGAUAUUAUACCAUCAGCAGGAUUUACUGGGUUUCAUUCAAUACGUCCUGGUGAUGAACAUCAGCUAUUACAAGCUGUGGCCCAACAACCAGUAGCAGCUAGUGUCGCUGCUGAUACUGACUUUCAAAAUUUCAAGGGCAGUGGGAUUUUUGAAGGAUCGUGUGCAAACGAAACGAACCAUUCUAUUGCUAUAGUGGGUUACGGGGUAAGCAAUGAUGGGAGGAAAUAUUGGAUAAUUAAAAAUUCUUGGGGCGAAGGAUGGGGGGACUUAGGCUAUGCGAAACUGAUAAGGGGAAAUGGACCAGUAGGUAAUUGUGGCAUUACUCGUCAUCCCUCUUAUUAUCCCAGUCUCACGGUUUAGGUUUGAGAUUCCCUCCAUUACACUAUAUAGUCCCUCUUAUCAUUUACAACUAGUCGGUUGACCCGUGCGACAUGACAACACCAAUGCAAAAAGAGUAUAUUAUAUGAGAAACAUAGAAGCAUGAAAAUAAAUUAAAACAAUAUGAAAUAUUAGCAAUUUAUAAAUACAACAUCACAUGAAAAUAAAUUAAAAUAAUAUGAAAUAUAUUAUAAUUGAAACUUCAUUGCAAGAUCACAUGGAUAGUAACAAUGUUAAGUAACGAAUAUUUUGGAACACUUAUUUGUAAAUUACAUUAGAUAUAAGAUUUGUAUUCAUUAGUUAACAAUAUCUCUAACCCUUUUCUUGAAGUAAUUAUGGACUUUUGAUACGUGCAUAUUAAAAAUCAAUCUAAAGAUCAGUUAAUACAUGGUUAAAAUUUGCAUAUCUUAAGAGCGUUAUAGACCUCAAGCUAUUGAUUUUAUAUUACUGACAUGGUGAUUUUCUAGAGCUAAAAUCAUAGGGUUGCCAUGAGAUACACAAAAUUGAUACACUUGUCUGAAGAGAUCAUAACCAUCAGUAUCCUACCAAAUCUCAUUGCUUGCAAUUAUAGUUUUCAUAAAAUCAAUCGAACUCCAUGUGCUUCGGCAGUAUUUGCACAUCUUAGCAGCCAUCAUGAACCAUAGAUAUAUGGAAAUUUUUGGAAGUGAAUGACAAACUCAAUAGGUUUGAAGUACAUGUUAUAAUGAUGACCACUACAACAAAGCAUGUUGCUUUCACAUUAAGUUUUCCCCA